CAGCAAUCUGACCAACAUUGCUAUUCACUUAUAUCAUUCAUUAUGUAAUGACUUUAUUAGAAUAGAACAUCGAUACAGGUAUGCAGAUGAUUUAUGUAAUGUAAAAUCAAACAGAAAAGUUUGUAUAUUUGGGCUACCACAUCAUACAGCAAACUACACGCUCCAACCAUCAGGCUUUUAUGUCCUUACGUAAAUUCCACACGAUUUUAUUACAUACAUCUAUUUCGCGGUUAGUAGUAGUAGACUGACGUGCCUCGACGAGUUGUAAGGAGCUUAUUUUAAUUUAGUGCUUAUAAGCGGGGCGUUUGGCAAAGCCGCAAGAAAUCCCCAUGGCGUCAUGCAAAUCCUUCAGCAAAUAAGUAGUGCACUUACAUGCUUUCAUUUGAAUCAAUACUCUGUAAUUAUCAGUCUACGAACUUCGAAUAUCACCAGUCAUGAUAGAAAUUUGAUCUCUACUUCGUAGUCAUUUCCAUUAUUCCUUGUGUGUUGAUGUUAUUAUCACAUUAUUCUGUGCAGAAUAUUAACGGUCCGACAUAUUUUCAUGCAUUUAGCCUGUGGGAUCUCCGAGAUAUUCUGAAGCCAGCUGCAGCUCAUCAGAUAUGGUCCAAGGAAUUAUCAGACCCAGUCAACGAUAUUCAAUUCCAUAUCCCUUAUAAUGACGAUCAAGUGAAGGCUGUGGUAGCAUGUGGGAAUUCGAUCCAGACUUAUACGUUUGACUGGCGUUAUAGUAACUUGGUAGAGGCACCUGAAGCUUUUCCAAAAUUCAAUCUAUCGUGUCCAGUAAAUUCUGUCAGCUUGCAUCCCACUGAAAAAUUACUUGUGUGUGGUGGAGAUGAUCACGUAAUAUAUCGAUUAAAUUCGGAAACUGGUGAAAUAUUAGAAACCUGCAAGGGACAUUUUGGCCCUCUACAUUGUGUUAGAUUUUCUCCUGAUGGACUCGUCUUUGCAAGCGGUAGUGAAGAUGGUACUGUUCGUUUGUGGCAAACUGUUGUUGGAAGUGACUUUGGAUUAUGGAGAUUGACUAUACCAAAUGAAGUUUCUACUGUUAAUUGCUCAAAUUUAUCUGUAUCUGCAAACGAUCACUGUAGCACGAGUUUAGCCGAAGUACCGGCUACUGGUGAUACUAUUAAUAGUUAAUCCUUUUACAUAUAUUUUCAUCAUGAAUCUCAUCGGAAAUAUUGUGGUUUGUAUAAUCCAUAACAUUAUGUUAAUGUUAUGGACAAUCUCAACCACAAACUAUUGCUGAGAACUAAUUAAGAGGACUUUGUACAGUAUUAACUUCAGUCAACAACCUUGUCAACAGUUGUAUGAAUAGACUAUUUUUGAUAAGAUAUAAAUCUUAUAUACCUGUAGUUUGUUUUAUUCACACUCUAGAUCAUUAAAAUCGAUACUCAGUAUUAGAGUGUGUAAAUUCUGUUGUAAAUUCUAUUGUACUAGC